AUGGCGAGAGGCGGUGCCUCAACGCCGGCCAAUAGCGGCUCGCCCUGGGGGCAAAGUCCCGCCCCCUCGGGCGCCCAUGGCGGCGCUACGGGGAGAGCGGCGCCAGUGGCGGGAGGGGAUUCGCGCCGGCGGUCGGAGGCGGUAGCGCGGUCGGUCCACGAGCCGCCUCAUCUCCCUCAGCCCACUCAAUCCAUCAGCCCUCAGCCACCUCAGUCCAUCAGCCCUGAGCCCACUCAGCCCCCUGAGCCCACUCAGCCCCCUCAGUUCAUCAGCCCUCAGCCCACUCAAUCCAUCAGCCCUGAGCCCCCCGAGCCCACUCAGCUCCCUCAAUCCAUCAGCCAUGAGCUCCCUCAGCCCACUCAACUCCCUCAAUCCAUCAGCCCUGAGCCCCCUGAGCCCACUCAACCCCCUCAAUCCAUCAUCCAUGAGUUCCCUCAGCCCCCUCAACCCCCUCAAUCCAUCAGCCCUGAGCCCCCUCGGCUCACUCAGCCGCCUCAGUCCAUCAGCCAUGAGCCCCCUCAGCCUACUCAGUCCCCUCAAUUCAUUAACCCUGAGCCCCCUCAGCCCCCUCAAUCCAUCAGCCCUGAGCCCCCUCAGCCUCCCCAAUCCCACUCAGCCCCUCAAUCCAUCAGCCCUGAGCCCCCAAGCUCACUUAGCUCCCUCAAUCCAUCAGCUUCUUUCAUCUUUAGGCCCCUCAGCCCCUCAGUCCCUCAGCCCUUCAUCUCCUCACCCCUUCAGCCCCCCUCAGCCUCUCAGCCUCUCAGCCCCCUCAGUGCCCUCAGCCCCCUCAACCCUCUCAUCCUUCAUCCUUAG